AUGGCCCAGCAGCUACAGUCCAUCGAGAUGAAGCCUUCGGAUUCCUCGUCAGCGACUAUUGGAGGGAAAUCUCGCUCCAGGAGUACUUCGUUGACCAUAGAGGUCUCGCCGACGCAUGACAAAAAGUCUGCGCUGCGCAUCCUCUCAGAUUCAGCUACUCCGAAGGCUUGGGAGAACACCUGCGCUGAAUACACUAUGGCUUGGUCCAAUUGUUCUGCCGCCAACCUCGACAUGGUCAGCAGUGAUCUGGUGGAACUGGCCUCCAGCGAAGAAGUACACUUCAGACGUCUCCGCGAACCCGCCGAGUGGACGCGCACACCUCUGCUCAAAGCGCUAGCAAUGCCGGACACGCCUAUCUCGCCCAUCUCUGCGAUGCCGUCUCCGCUCUUGCUCGCCAAUGGUCGCGCGCUUCCUGCCUGCGCCGAUAGCACCAUCGUGCCGCAACACCUCAACGCAGGCUCCGAAUUCCAGACGCAGCAAGAUGCCUCUCCCAGCGGCCCUGUCCAGCCGGCUGCUUCUGGUGCUCACGCCUCGCUCUGUGCCCAUGACUUGGAGAACCGCCUUGUCGAGUCUCAGUCUACGCCCGUAGGACUCUGCGACGGCCUCGGUCUCGGACUUCCUGGCGUACUUUCAACUUCGUGGUCUGCACAGGUGCCGCUCUCGGAGUAUUCGAAGGCUCGUCCAGCCGCGGAGGAAAGCAGCGCCGCCUCCCCCUCCGGCUCCCACCACAAGCUCUCCCACAUGCGAUCUCUUCGCAGCAUCCGCGGGUCGCCCUCGCCUCGUCCGCGGUCGCCACUGUCGCCCAAGUCGCCCUACCCUCGCGUCUUCACUCCUCGGAUGCCUUUCGGGCAGAGCUUGCAAAAUGUCCACAGCCCUUCGCCGGUCCAGGCUGCCUCGCCCGUCUUUGCGGCGUCUCCGGUCUUCGACUACAAUACGUCUUUGAUGGCUGCUAGCUCGGAGUCCAUCGCCAGCAUAUGCUUAGCCGACGAACUGGAGGCGUCAUUCCAGCUGGGUGGUAUGCCUGUGUCCCCCGCCCUCUUCUAG